AUGAAAGUAUGAUAAAUCAUCAUAAUAUUAUGCCAUGGCUAUUUCUUCUUAUCCGUAAGUCAGAGCCCAGAAGCUCCAUCAUGCCUUUUUCGCUCCUGACCACAAUCCCACAGACUCUUUCUCCAUUAAAACCAUUCCCCCUCUGCUGCCGCACUGUACAGUUAAAAUCCCCACGACAACUAGUCCGUUCACAUUCACACACACCUCUCAGAGCUAUACAAAGCUGGGUCCAAGGUUCGAUUCCCCAAAGCCUGGCAUCUGCUCUGGUAGCCAUUAUAAUUGCCACCAAUGUAAAUUCUGUCUCCUCUUUGUCAGAAGAUGCAUUUUCAGACAUCCCACAGACUCUAUCAGGUGCAGACAAAGGUCCGAGGAUCCAAAAACCCAAAUCACGGAAAGCAGAGUCAUGUACAAUAAAGUGUGUGGUCACUUGUAUCAGAGGGGGUGCUGGUUCUCCUGGUGAAGGCCCCCUCAAUGUCAGAAGACCUCUUGUUGUUUUCAAAGAUGGUUUCAGGACUCGACAAUACUGUCUGACUGAAUGUUCAGAUAUCUGCAACUUGAUUGAAGAUGGCGAGGAUGGUCCAUAGCGUCUACUUAAUGAGUUAAAAGCUUUAGAAGAGUACAAAAUGAGAUGUUCAUUUGGCAAAACCAUAGUUUAUAUGACAGGGUAUUUGUGCAAAAGCACAUUUUGUACCAGAGUUUUCUCACAGAGAUUUUUACCUGGUGGAUGCAACAUUAAUGUGGGUAAUUUACAUGCUCGAUAACUGGAUGGAAUUAGGAUUUUCUUCCAAAUUGUAAAACACUGUUAUUCUUUGAGCGGAAGAAUGAAUCAAGAGCUCAAGAAAAUA